AUGUCAGAAGGCAACAAUACAUCAUCAUUAUCACCAUUAGAUGAUUUCAAUCGUCAAGCAAUGAAUAAAUAUAUGCGAAACGUAAAUUUUAUUCUUAGAUUUCCUCAAACAUUUCUUUCUACCAGUGGUAUACUUGCAAAUAUUCUUGCAUUAAUUAUUAUUAAUAGAAAAUCAUUAAGUAAUACUUCAGCAGCUGUAUUUAUUACUUAUAUGGCAAUAUUUGAUAGUGCAGUCCUUCUUUCACAUGCUGGAAAUUUAGUACGACCACGUCGAAAUCUUUUUAUACAUUGUUCAUCAACAUAUCUUACGGAAUUAUUUACUUUUUGUGCUAAUUGGGUUUUGGUCAUCAUAACAUUAGAACGUUGUGUUGCUGUUACAUCUCCAUUUCUAGCCAAACGUUUUUGCACUGUUAAUUCAGCACGUUAUUCUAUUUAUAUUCUUUUAACAGUUUCAAUUAUACUUUUUUCUACAACAUUUCCAAUAAUAUAUAAUAUAAAUAUAAAUUCAGAACGAAAAAAAUGUAGUGUACGUCGAGAAUUUAAAUUAAUUCUUCGUGUUUAUCACCCAAUUGUAAUGUUUCUUGUACCAGAUAUUUUACUCUUAUCGAAUUUAUAUACUGUUUAUUCAUUAUAUCAACGACAUAAACAACAAUCAUUAAAUGAUGAAAAUUUAAAUAUGCAUAUAAGAGAUAUUCAUGCAAAUCGUAAACAACGUCAAUUAACUAUAAUGCUUGUAACAGUAAAUCUUACUUUUUAUUUAUUUUCAACGCCAGCUGUGAUUAUGUUUAUUGCUGAGAUUUUCCCACCAAACCAUAGCGACCUAAAUAGAUUAAAACGUUUUUUUCUUUUUUCACAAAUAUCUGUUUUAAUUUCACAAUUACAUAAUGCUACAAAUUUCAUAUUUUACUGUUUGGCUGGUCAACGAUUUCGUCAAACAACAGUUGAAACAUUUUAUGAUUAUUCAGUUCAAUUGAAAAUUUUCUAUCAUCGAUAUAUUCUAUGCAAUAAAGAAUAUAGACUUCAAGCAAAUUAUCAACUUAAACAUAUGCAUAGUGGUACAAUAACUAAUCGUAUUUCAUCUCCAGAAUCACCACGGUUACAACCUUCAAAGAGAACAUUAACCUUUUAG